UGGUAACCCUAGUACCACACCGUCGAUGUAUCAAGCAUAAAGAUAACCCACUAUAGAGAGAUACGCAAACGAAACAUCAAUCUGAUUGAUUCCAAUUCGCGAGAGAAUAGAUUCACAAGUUGAAACAUAGUCAAAUUCAUCAUGUCGGUCGAGACGAUCACCACCAUCUCGCCUACGACCAACAAACCUAUCGUUGAGCGCAAGGGACCAACUGAGCAAGAAUACACCCAGAUCCCCAAAACUGCCCAACAAGCGUUCAUCAAAUACAGCCAGACUUCUCUCAAGGAACGUCAAAGCAUCGUCAAGAAAGCCCUUCAGUUACUCAGCGACAAGCAAAAUGAAUUGGGACAAGAGAUCACCGACCAAAUGGGUCGGCCCAUCGCCUACUCGGCCAAGGAAGUCGCAACCGCAGUAAUUCGAGGCGAAUAUCUCCUCAAAGUCAGCGAGGAAGCCCUGGCCGACACGCCCGGAGAAGCUCAAGAAGGUUUCAAACGUUACAUUCGAAAACAAGCGCUCGGACCCGUCCUGAUCCUCUUCCCAUGGAACUACCCAUACCUCACACUCGUCAACUCGCUUGUCCCGGCUUUACUCGCAGGAAACAGCGUCAUCCUCAAACCUUCGCCGCAAACGCCGACCAUCGCGGAGCAGGUCCAGAAGAUCUUCAUCGAGGCGGGCCUGGACCAGGAUGUGAUUCAAUACUUCCACUGUGGGGAUUUGAGCAAGAUUGAGAAGUUGAUCCAGGCACCUGAAAUCCAACUGGUCUGUUUCACAGGAUCGGUGCCGGGUGGACUUGCCGUCCAGAAGGCGGCGGCAGGUCGAGUCGACUGUCGCGUCGGACUGGAGCUGGGUGGCAAGGAUCCCGCUUACGUGCGAUCCGACGUUGACGUCGCCUGGGCCGCCGAAGAGAUUGUCGACGGCGCCAUUUUCAACUCCGGUCAAUCGUGUUGCAGCUUGGAGCGAGUGUACGUCCACGAAAGCGUACAUGACGAUUUCGUCAAAGCCGCGCAGGACGUGCUGUCCAAAUACAAACUGGGCAAUCCCGCCGACAAAGACACCCAAAUCGGCCCAGUGAUCAGCAAAGCGGCCGCCGAGAGGAUCCGCUCGCAUAUCGAAACGGCGAUCAAAGCAGGCGCCAAGGACGCGACUCCCCCAAACGCAUCAUUCAACAACCCGCCCGCAGACGGCAACUACGUCGCGCCCACGCUCCUGGUCAACUGCACGCAAGAGAUGCAAGUCGUCCAGGACGAGACAUUCGGGCCGGUGAUCCCCGUGCUCAAAGUCAGAUCCGACGAGGAGGCCAUCAAGUUCAUGAACGACAAUCAAUUCGGGUUGACAGCUUCCAUCUGGACCAAGGACGUCGCCAGGGGUCACGCGCUAGCGGCCGAUGUCGAGGCCGGUACGGUCUUUGUCAAUCGGGCGGAUUAUCCUAGCCCUGACCUUGCUUGGGUGGGAUGGAAGGACAGCGGGAAGGGCCAGACGUUGAGUCGGUUCGGCUUCGAUCAGUUUGUGAAGUUGAAGAGUUACCACGUCAAGGACUAUCCCAAGUGAUGGUAUAAUGAUAGAGGUUGUUGGACAGGG